UACGCAACUCUUGGAGCCAAAGAAACUUUACCAAAGGAUUAAAACUUAUGUAAACAAAGAUCCCUUUAUUUACAACUCUGCUUCUGCUUCUCUCAAGACCAAGAAGCUCCAGCUUACAUAUUUGCAGUGCUUUAUUUGUACUGAUUACACUGUAAUUUUUUAAGAAUUUGCUGACCUUACAAAAUAGAAGCAACAGUGAGUGAAGGUACUGGUGCAUGUUAAGGUUUCUGUGAAUCAACAGUGCCCCAAAAAGCAUUUCUCUUCCUGAGACGCCAGGGAGGUCUUGAAAUGCAAAGAACUUGAGGAGGAAGCCUGGCCAAGUAAAGAUUGUGAGCCUUUGUGUGCUUGCUGAAGCAGAUUUUUGGCACUAAACAAACCAAAGUGUUUGUAUUAUUAAAAGCAGCACUUUUCAAAUAGAACUAAGACAUAUCAAGAUAAAACAUAAAUAUCUUGGAAUAAUCAGAAGAGCAACAUGGGAGAAACUGAGAAAAGGAUUGAAACCCACAGAAUAAAAUGUCUUUCCAAAGUGAAGAUGUUUUUGUUGGCAUUAACUUGUGCAUAUGUAUCCAAAACACUAUCUGGAUCUUAUAUGAAUUCCAUGCUCACACAAAUAGAGAGACAAUUCAAUAUCCCGACAUCUCUGGUUGGAUUUAUUAAUGGGAGCUUUGAAAUUGGAAAUCUUUUGUUGAUUAUAUUUGUGAGUUAUUUUGGAACUAAACUACAUAGACCUAUAAUGAUUGGUGUUGGAUGUGUGGUUAUGGGAUUAGGGUGUUUCUUAAUAUCGCUACCUCAUUUCCUCAUGAACCGAUAUGAAUAUGAAUCUACAGUUUCAGUUUCAAGCAACUUGUCCUCAAACAGUUUCUUGUGUAUGGAAAAUGGCAACCAGACUUCAAGACCAACACAAGAUCCAUCAGAGUGUGUGAAGGAAGUUAAGUCAUUAAUGUGGGUAUAUGUACUGGUAGGAAAUAUUAUACGUGGAAUAGGUGAAACCCCCAUCAUGCCUUUGGGUAUUUCCUAUAUAGAAGAUUUUGCCAAAUCUGAAAACUCUCCUUUGUAUAUUGGGUUUAUAGAAACAGGAGCUAUCAUCGGUCCUUUGAUUGGACUUUUGUUAGCGUCAUUCUGUGCAAACAUUUAUGUAGACACUGGAUCUGUGAACACAGAUGCUCUGACCAUAACUCCCACUGACACUCGUUGGGUUGGUGCAUGGUGGUUUGGCUUUUUGAUCUGUGCAGGAGUGAAUGUCCUCACUGCCAUUCCUUUUUUCUUUUUGCCCAAAACGCUUCCAAAGGAGGGACUAGAGGGUAAUGCUGACAUCAUUAAAAGUGACAAAGAAGAAAAACAGAGAGGAGAGGUCAAGAAGGAAAAGAAUGGAAUCACUAAAGAUUUUUUACCAUUCAUGAAAAGUCUCUCCUGCAAUCCAAUUUACAUGCUUUUCAUACUUAUAAGUGUGUUACAGUUCAAUGCAUUUGCUAACAUGUUCUCCUUUAUGCCUAAAUAUCUGGAACAACAAUAUGGAAAAUCAACUUCUGAUGCAAUCUUUCUCAUUGGUAUUUAUAACUUACCUCCAGUAUGCAUUGGAUAUAUUGCUGGUGGUUUAAUUAUGAAGAAGUUCAAGAUUACCGUUAAACAAGCUGCCCACAUAGGAUGUUGGUUAUCUGUAAUUGAGUACCUUCUCUAUUUUUUAUGUUUUCUUGUGACUUGUGAUAAUUCUCCAGUUGCUGGCAUAACUACCUCUUAUGCAGGAAUACAACAAGAUUUAUAUGUGGGAAAUAAAGUCCUUGAUGACUGCAAUAGAGCUUGCAACUGUCCAACUAAAACAUGGGAUCCUGUAUGUGGCGACAAUGAUUUAUCAUAUAUGUCAGCUUGUCUAGCUGGUUGUGAGACAUCCUCUGGAACUGGAUUGAACAUGGUGUUCCAAAAUUGUAGCUGCAUUCGAACAUCAGGAAAUUCAUCUGCAGUUCUUGGGCUUUGUGACAAAGGCCAUGACUGCUCCAUGAUGCUCCAGUACUUUCUAAUCUUGUCGACAAUUAGCAGUUUUAUUUAUUCUUUAGCUGCCAUACCUGGAUAUAUGGUUCUCCUGAGGUGUAUCAAGUCUGAAGAGAAGUCUCUUGGUGUGGGAUUACAUGCAUUUUGCACAAGAAUAUUUGCUGGCAUUCCAGCACCAAUAUAUUUUGGAGCUUUAGUGGACUCUACCUGUUUACAUUGGGGAACUUUGAAAUGUGGUAAGCCAGGGGCAUGCAGAAUAUAUGAUUCAACAAACUUCAGACACAUCUACCUUGGAUUGCCAGCAGCACUAAGAGGAUUAAGUUUUAUUCCUGCCUUUUUGAUCCUGAUUCUUUUGAGAAAACGUCAUCUACCUGGUGAAAAUGACCCUUCAGGAACUGAGCUUGCAGUGACGAAGAUUACAGAGAAAGAAAAAGAGUGCAAAGAUGUUCAACAAAAUUCCAAGGUUUUGAAUGAUGAAGAAAUGAAAACUAAACUAUAAUGUCCUAUUCUAUCAGCCUUCCCAGAGGUGGAAAACACAGUAUAAAACUUAAUUGUUUAAAAAUCAUUAGAGGUACUGCAGGUAACUUUUCUUAUCUUUAAGAACUUGCUCAUGGUGAAAGUGUUCACUAUAUGUCUGAAGGAUCAGAACAGCACUUGAGAUGUUUUAGAGGAGACAUUUAUGACAACCACUAAACAGGAUUUUAAAGCCAGCUUUACUUUUUAUGUUAAAGCAACAAUUUCUCUUUUAACUCAUUCAAAGAAAGGGUCUGUUUUCUACAUCUCCUUUUCCAAAUAGUUCUAAAAUUUUUCUAUUCUAAAAAUCUAUUUAAUGCUAUCAAAUUUGUAUAUUGGGGUUAUUCAGAGACUGAGAUUUUCAUCCUUUCAUGUGAACUUGAAAUAUUUUAUUCAUAUUGAUUACUUUCAUGUGAAGUAAGCCUACAACUUUUUAGUAUAUUUAGUAAUUGUUCUUUGAUAUUUCUAUUCAUUCCAGAUAUGAAUUUUCAAAGUAGAUUGCUCAUUACUAUGUCAUCUUUUGUUAUCAAUUCUCUCCUUUAUUACUCAUGUCAUAUAUUUGCUAAUUUUGUUCAAAAUACUGACAAACAUAAUCAGGUUAUUAAAAGUUAUGUAGUGAAUAUGGUUGGAAUUUUUCAGCAAUUUAAAUCCAACAACUCAAGUCUUUUUAAAAAUAAGUAUCUGAAUGAAAGGAUAGAAGGACAUUAUGAGAAAAAUAGCUCUUACAGACCACUUGUAGUACCAGAUAUUGUCAAAGGACUAUUUUCCCAGGUUCAGGAGGCUUUUGUAGAUCAAUGUUUGUUAUUGAUUGGAUCCUAAGUUAGAACACAAACAUUAAUUUCCAAAACUUAUUUGGGAGAAUGAUACUUUUGAAAAGUAGCUUCUUUUAUGAAACUGAAGUCAAUAAAAUUCAACAUAUCCAUGAAAAACUAAA